CCCCUUUCACCACCCCCCAAAACAACUACACAAUCACCAUUGCGCCACAACGAAAAGCCUCUCCCCAUCUCUUUGACCACCUCUCUUGUCCUGUCCUCAUCUCACACAAUACCAUUUUCCCCCGUUCUUUGACCGGCCAUUCUUUCAGCACAGCCGAUCAAGCGACACAAUGGACUUUGUGGCUUCGCACAGGUGCUAUUUAACCCGUUGACAUUGCUAAUCUUUCACCCGAUAUCUUUUUUUUACUAAGUCCAUCAAGCCAUCAUUUUUUUCUUCUUCUCUGCGAGCAGAGGGACAGACUAUACCUACCUACCUAUAUAUAUCUCAGCUACCUCACAAACCCAUUCCACCAUCACCAUCACAACUGACCUUACAAAUCACCCAGCCACCUAACCCAACUUACCUUACCUACCUAACCUAGCCACCAUGUCCACCCUCUCCCAAAUCACCACCCUCCACCUGCAGAUCUCCUCCCUCCUCGACCCUCGCUCGGGCCACCCCACGCGCUCCUCCCUGCACUCCGCCCUCUCCCUCGCCGACGCCGCCGUGGACCUCGCCUGCGAAGCGCGCGUCGCCGCCUCCGCGGUCCGCACCUGCGAGUCCGUGCAGCAGACGUGCCUGGUGCUUCUCGCGCACGCGUACGCGGGGAUGGACGACCGCGAGCGCAGCGUGUACGCCAAGAGCGCGUCGACGCGGCGGGGGAAGAGGGGGGGGCGGGUGUUCGGGCUCGACGCGGGCGAGCAUGUGGUGGAGGCGCUGCAGGCGUUGAAUCUGGAGAGGCUGUUGGAGAGUGGGGAGGAGGAUAGUGAGAGUAGGAGUGAGAGUAGUAGUGGGAGUGGGAGUGGGAGUGAUGAUGAUGGCGCGGCGAUUAGUCGCAGGAUCCGCUGGAUGGAUGAGGUUGCUAAUGCGCCGAUUAGGACGGUGCACUACCUUGACAACUAGAUGGGUAGUUGAUGUCGGCUUGAUAGGCCGUUUGGUUGGUGAUGGUAAGUCUUGAUCCACAUACACGCACACAUACACACACACACACACACACACACACACACACACACACACAUACACACACACGCACACACACACAUUAUAGCCUCUUCCGAGGUAGGUUUUGUUUAGUCUCCAGUAUAUAUCUAGUUGGAUCCUCGGGGAAGUGGGAUAACUACCUUAAGAGCUACCGGAUUACUUGGUAAUGAUAAUGACCUGGGUACUGGUAGGAAGGGGAGUUUGAUGGCUUCAUCUCUAAUAGUUUUGUAUAGUGCUUAAUAUGAUGUUUCUCGCACACUGAAUUU